AUGCCGUUCUCUGGUGGCUUGGCGGUAGCGGCUGGAAGCGGCAAGGACCGCAUCAGCGACCUCCAAGACGCCAUCCUCGGUGAGGUCAUCUCCCGUAUCUCCACUAGGGAGGGCAUCCGCACUCGGAUUCUCGCACGUCGUUGGCGUCCUGUUUGGCCGACCGCUCCUCUGAAUCUUGACUGCCCUAAGAUCCCUGUCGCUCGUCUUUUGAACGCCCUAGAAACAGUUCAUGUCGAGAUCAUCAGUAGGGUCUCUGCCUACAGCGAGGAGCUUGCUCGUAUACGAUACAUCGGAACUUGGCAUCAGGGAAAAACAGUUCCUGGUGAUGGUUCUUGCCUUCCAGAGUCCAUCCUCUCCAGCCAUGUGGGCACAGUUCUCCGCCUUUGUAUACCGGUGUGCUACCUCCAAUGCAGACCCUCUACUGUCCACGCCUGGCUUGAGUCCCCCAGAUUGAACAAUCUCCAGAUACCAGACCAUUAUGUAGAGGUACUUGAACUACCACUGGUCAAGAGACUUUCGCUUGUUGAGGUUGAUAUAUCAGACUUCUCGUUGCAAAGCAUGAUCAACUCUGGUUGCCCUGCACUCGAGUGCCUACUGCUUGUUUGCAAUAGAGAAAGGCAUCGGAUCACAAUAAAUUCCCCUAACCUUGUAAGCAUCGGCAUCCGUGGUGAGAUAGGAAAAUUCAUCAUCGAGGAUGCCCCCUCACUUCAAAGGUUGAUCCACGAUCUCCAGAGCAAUAACAUGGAGGUAUUCAUCGUCUCUGCACCCAAACUGGAGAGAUUGGGCAAAUUCAGGAUCUCGCUUGACUCCACAGGUCUUAUGGGUUUGGCGACGGCCAGCCUAUCUACAAUGCGGCAAUCUGUCAAAACCUUGUUUUUGGCCAUGACUUAUCAAGUGGACCUGGUCAUUCACUUGCUUAAGUGCCUUCCAAAUCUGGAGAACUUGUUUGUUCAGAGCUAG